UGCUUCAGUUGUGGUGUUUCCCGUGCAAAGUACGCAUUCGCUACAGGAUGAAAUCGUCUGGUUGGCAAGUGUGUUGUGCUGACAAUUAUGUGUUUUUAUACCGUUACAGUUUGCAACUUUAAGAUUAUUUCUGGAUUUUACAUUUUAUUCUAACAAAUAUAACUAUAUAAAAAAAGUAACUCUUCAGAUUUUCUUCCUUUUCUUUUCUAAAAUUUGGUUAUUGAUGUGUGCCGCCCGGUGGGUUUAAUAGAAAUAAUAACUGCCACAUUUGACAGUUAGUGGUUGUGUAUUGUUAAUUUAUCGCUUUGAUUUUUUCGAAUCUCUAAAACUAAAAAUACGAACCGGUAGUGAAGAUGCCGUCGUUUAAAAAGGAUGGUCAAAGGAAAUUAAGCCGCAGGGAAAUCAGUAGAAACCGGCUGGAAAACUUCAAAAAGGAAAUAGAAACUGACCUGCACACUAUUCCAUUACAAAGCUUAUUUGCCCAAUUGGACUCACAUCAACAGUUUGGAUUGAACCACGAAAAAGCAAAGAAACUCCUUGAAGAUCAUGGACCUAAUGCCCUGACGCCUUCAAGGAAAACACCAGAAAUCAUUAAAUUCCUUAAACUUCUCUCAGGAGGAUUUUCAAUAUUAUUAUGGAUUGGAGCCUUCCUGUGCUUCGGAUCCGCUUUAGUUAGAUUUCUACACAAUGAGAACUAUCAGGAUGAACUGGUAUUGGGAAUUGUCCUUUGUAGCAUCGUCAUAGUGACCGGAAUGUUUAUGUAUUAUCAAGAAAAUAAGAGUUCCAAAAUAAUGGAGUCGUUCGGGAAUAUGAUACCAAUGAAAGCCACUGUAAUAAGACAAGGGGAGUCUAUUCAAAUAUUAGCAAGGGAUGUUGUAGUGGGAGAUUUGGUAGAAAUUAAAGGGGGCGACACCAUUCCGGCUGACAUUCGUAUUAUAAAAAAUCAAGGAUUGAAAGUUGACCACUCAGCUAUUACUGGAGAGUCGGAGCCAUUACCAAGAUCUACUGAAUCCACAAGUGAACAGCUGUACGAAUCAAGAAAUGUUGCCCUGUUUUCAACAAAUGCUAUCGAAGGAACCGCGAUAGGUGUAGUGAUAGCAUGUGGUGAUAACACAGUGAUGGGUCAUAUUGCCGGUCUAGCGGUUCGUCUACAGGCCGACAAAACACCGAUCGCGAAAGAAAUGGAAAGAUUUAUGAAGAUCAUCAGUGUCUGGGCUCUUUUUCUGGGAUUCGUGUUCGGCAUUGCAUCUCUAUGUUUAGGCUACAGUUGGCUAGAAGCUGCCCUGUUUCUGAUCGGUAUUAUUGUUGCAAAUGUACCUGAAGGAUUGUUAGCAACUGUUACCGUUUGCUUAUCGGUGACAGCUAAACGAAUGGCUGCAAGGAACUGUCUGGUGAAGAACUUGGAAGCAGUCGAAACGUUGGGUUCGGUUUCUGUUAUUUGUUCAGACAAAACUGGCACAUUAACCCAAAACCGAAUGACUGUUUUACACGUUUGGUUUAACAAGAAACAAUUAGAGGUUGAUGUUCAAAAGAAUGAAAUUAUAAAAGGAACUAAAUCUGACGAAGGAUUCUCAAACUUAAUGAGGUGUGUGGCAUUGUGUAACCGAGCAGAGUUCAAACCCCAACAGGAACAUCUCAACGUUUUGCGAAAGGAAGUUAGAGGAGACGCAUCCGAGGCUGCCUUACUAAAAUUCGCAGAACUAAGCGGCAGUUUUGGUUCGGUAAUGACGUUUCGAGAUCAAAAUCCGAAGCUGUUUGAAAUUCCUUUCACUUCAGCCACGAAAUUCCAGGCAAGUUUACACGCACUCGAUAACGGGAACGAAAUGUUGUUGGUGGUAAAAGGGGCUCCUGAAGGAGUAUUGGACAGGUGUAACAAAAUCUUACUGGAUGGUAAAACAGAAACGUUGGAUGACAAUGUUCGCACCCAAUGCGAGCAUGCGUGUAUGAAUCUUGCAGCAAAGGGGGAAAGAGUAUUGGGAUUUGCUGAUCUAGUCCUGGAGGGUCGUUACAACAGGUCGUUCCAUUUCUCGACUGAUCCUCCCAAUUUUCCACUCGUUGGCCUACGAUUUUUGGGAUUUGUAUCACUGAUCGAUCCUCCACGACCUCAAGUAACUGACGCCGUCGCAAAAUGCCGAUCAGCUGGCAUAAGAAUUAUCAUGGUUACUGGAGAUCAUCCUGUAACAGCAAAGGCGAUUGCAGAAUCCGUAGGAAUAAUAACAUCAAACAAUACAAUAGACGACAUCCACAAAAGAAAACAAGCCAGUGACUCUGCUAUCGUCAUAGACGGUACCAAAUUGAGAUCCCUUUCGAGUGAUGAAGUUGACGAAAUAUUGUAUUCCUUCCAAGAAAUCGUUUUCGCAAGAACGUCUCCACAACAGAAACUACAAAUUGUGGAAGGGUGCCAAAGGUUGGGAGAAACAGUUGCAGUAACAGGUGAUGGCGUUAAUGACUCUCCAGCAUUGAAGAAAGCUGAUAUCGGUAUUGCGAUGGGCAUCGCAGGAACCGAGGUGUCACAUCAAUCUGCGGAUAUGAUUUUACUGGACGAUAAUUUCGCCUCGAUAAUAACAGGAAUCGAAGAAGGUCGCAGGAUCUUUGACAAUUUAAAGAAGUCCAUCUGUUACACUCUAGCUUCAAACGUGCCAGAAAUCUUACCGUUCAUUGCCUUCGUAUCGUUGGACAUACCACUGCCACUAGGAGUAAUCGCUAUUCUGUGCAUUGAUCUGUUGACGGAUAUGAUGCCCGCAAUAAGUUUAGCCUACGAGAAGGCUGAAAGUGAUAUCAUGAUGAGACCUCCCAGGAAUCCAGCCGAAGAUCACAUGGUCACCGGUAAACUUUACUAUCUCGCCUAUGGACAUUUGGGUAUGAUUGAGGCCGCUGGCGGUUUCUUCGUUUAUUUUAUGAUCAUGGCGGAACAUGGAUUCUUACCAAUGAAAUUAUUCGGAUUAAGGGAAAAAUGGGAAUCGGAAGAUAUUAACGACCUGGAAGAUUCAUAUGGACAAGAGUGGAGUUAUUCAGAAAGAAAAGUCUUGGAAUACACUUGUUACUCAGCCGUGAUGGUAUCAGUAGUCGUAAGUCAAUGGUUCGACCUUAUAGUAUGCAAGACUAGAAGAAAUUCAUUAUUUAAGCAAGGAAUGGGAAAUUGGAUUUUGAAUAUAAGUUUGAUUGUGGAAACUCUUUUAACUUGUAUACUAUGUUACACCCCAGGAAUGUACUAUCUCAAAUUUUAUCCUGUUCACAUCCGAGGAUGGCUCUACGCUUUACCAUUCAUAAGGUCCACGUCAUGGUACACCGAAAUUAUCACAAAAAUUAAAAACCAAGCAUACGAUACAAGGAAUGGAAUCAAGUGGAAAACCGAAACAAUAGGGUACUUGCCUGAUAUCAGAAAUGCAAGAUAA